UCCUUUCGGAAUCAGACAGCUGAAGUAAACAAUAGGCCUUUGAUUACACUUGAUCAUCUCUUGCAGGCUCUGUGGACUCUAAGCAUCAUAAACAAACGUCACUUGCGAGCAUGGCUAAUACUGCCAUUAAUUUCACAGCGCAGAGAAUAUCCUUUGUAAAUAAGAUUGGUCUCAUCUUAAAGGCAACUUCUGAUGAUGAGCAGCCUACACAAGCAUAUCUAUACAAAGAAAUUAAUGCCAUCAGCUAUGAGUCUGUCGGCUACAGCGAAAGUCUGGUGGAGUUCCUCAUGGAUAGGUUGAAGAGCAAAUCGAGUCAUGUAAAAUUUAAGGUCCUGAAGGUUGUCCAGCACCUGUGUGAGCACGGCAGUCCUCAGGUCAAGCUGGGUCUGCGCAAGUCAUGUGACCUGAUCAAAGAAUGCACCAAAUUUGGAGGACCACCGCAUCCCAUUCAUGGGAAUGUACCCUACACUAUGGUCCGCAAGUUAGCCCAGGAAGUGUGUGCCGAGUUGUACAACAUGGACCCACUGACCAUCAAGUCGAUGCCACAGGAUCUCAGCCAGGAGCCUAAAUACGGUGGCCUAGGCUCGUCCAGGACCGGGGGAGCGAUCCAAGGCUUUGGCAACUCUCCCAUCGUGCCAACUAAGGGUCUAGGGGAAACCAUCCUUGGAGGCAUAGAAAAACUGGGGGCCAAAAUCUCAGAGACCUCGGAGGAUCGCCAGGCCGCUCUUUUGGCUCGACUUGAUCUCAGUGGCUCCACCGUCAAUUAUCAACCACCGGUUGUGAGCCUCCCAGAGUCUGCAGAGACCACGUCGUCGACAUCAUCCGCAGAGCCAGAGCAAGCAGGAAGUGGGAAAAGACAAGUUCAGGCCAGGAAACAUCAACCUGGGCGGGCAGGAGGAGGCUGGAACGAUGAUGAAGAGGACGAAAAGGAUGACAAUAAUCCUGAUGAUAAUGAAUGUGAGCGUAACAGCGACACACGGUUGAGCAUCGACACUGACAGUCUGGCUGAUCCUGCUGACAAACUGAUUCAGGAUGGACCCCAGGCGGACUGGGCCCAGGAGAGACAGCUUGUGACAGGAAGCCUGCAGCACGGCUCCACCGGCCCGCGGAGGCAGCUCCUUGCGCCCUCCGACCUCUCCCACUUCCUGGGCUGCUGCGCAAGGCUCAGCGCUGAGAAAGUUGUACAGAUGAUAGCCCAGAGACUGACGGGAACCGAUCCAGGAGUGGUCAUCAGAGCUCUUCAGCUUUUGGAAGCCAUUCUGUACAGCCGGGAGGAGCUGGUGCACGUGGAUCUCCUCACCUCUGUCUGCAAGCAAGAUCUGGUGGACUGUUACAGGAGCUGCGGCCCAACGUCGGCGCCCCCUGGUGGCGAGACGGCGAGCAAGGCGGAGACGAUGACCGCUCCUCUUGGCGACGAUGAGGAGAAGCAUUUGUGGCAGUCUGUGAGAAUGAAAGUCACAAAGGUGAUCCUCAUACUUCAGCAAUUGUCCUCUCAUCGCGAGAUCCUGGCUCUUUCAGAACUUGCUGACUUCUUGCCAAAGAGGGAAAAUAUUCCAGAGACUCCAGCGUGAGCUGCAAGCCGAGCUUUGCUAUGUUAAAAAACUUUUUUCCGCGCUCAAUCAAAAGUAUCAUCUGCCUGGUUUUGAGGAGUAUUUUUGUGAUAAGCUUCUUAACCCCUUGCUUGUGUAGUGGAUGUAUCUGGUACGCCCAUAUGCUUCACUGCCCUAUGAGCUGUGGGCACACCCAAUGGGCCCUUGAAGGACCUAUCUUUUGUCUGGUUCUUAUCCUUGUCUUGUGUGUCCACUUGCUGAUGCCAUCAUAUCUAUUUUUAAGCUGCUACGCAUGGGAAUUGCGUGUAGUAAUCAGUAGAACAAAGUGAGGUGUGUUGUUUUACAGUAUACCUAUCUCUGCUCUCUACGCCACUCUAAACUUCACUGCUAAGCAAGGUAGACCAAGGUAGCGAUAUAUCAUUAUAAUGAUCUAUAUCAUUAGAUGUAGUGUCAACAUCACCACUACUAACGUCCAUGUGAUUACCUCUGCCAACGGGUCCUGGCUCAGAACCAGUGUACUAAUACUAGGUCCAGAGGUAGGCCUACACUGUUGCCUAUACUCAUCCCCAGGGUCCUUGUCUCUCGUAUUUUCAGCUUGUCUGCCAAUAUCUUGAACAUUGAAAUCCUCAUCGGAUUCACUGUCUCUUGGUGGCAUCGGUAGCCUAAUGGUUAGGCUACGGGACUCAUAAUUGUGACAUUGUGGGUUCGGGGGCUUGAGCCUCACCGA